AUGUCGCGUCGCGUACUUGUGUCGCUCCUUUUGACCAGCAGUUGCGCGUUGGUCAACGCUGUGCUUCCAGCUGUACCGGAUAACUACGAUGUCCUCCAAUAUAUUAACCCGAUGAUCGGAACUGCAAAUGGGGGCAAUGUUUUUCCAGGUGCCACGUUGCCAUAUGGCAUGGCCAAGGCCGUCGCCGAUACCAAUUCAGAUGGCAACCAGGGCGGCUUUGCGUAUGAUGGCAGUAAUGUCACUGGCUUCUCAAGCAUGCAUGACUCCGGUACUGGGGGCAGUCCUUCUCUUGGGAACUUCCCAUUGUUUGCGUAUGCGCAGUGCGCUAACGACGAUAUUAAUGGUUGCAUUUUCCCAAAAAAGUCCCGUGCCACUCCUUAUAAGCCAGACUCUGUUGAGUCCAGACCUGGCUAUUUCGCUAUUUCCCUGGCGUCUGGAGUCCAUGUUGACAUGACUGCUGCUCACCAUACAACGCUUUUUCGCUUUAAUUUUACAAAUGCCACCAGUCCGCUGGUCUUCUUAGACCUUUCUGAUCUGUCAGACAGUCGGCAAGACAAUGCAACUAUCGCAGUUGACGAGGACAGUGGGCGUAUGACUGGAAGUGCUAAAUUCUUGCCUAGCUUUGGGAGCGGAUCAUACACUCUUCACUUUUGUGCUGAUUUCAAGAGCUCCGCCAUGUUACGGGAUAGUGGCAUCUUUGUUGAUGCUAGGGCCUCAGCAGAUGUUCGUGACUUGACAAUAUCGCGAAGCAUCAAUGGAUAUCCUCUCCCGGGCGGUGGAUUUGUGCGCUUCAAUUCUCCUUCAGAUGGCACCGUGCAGGCCCGUGUAGCGCUCAGCUUUAUCAGCGCAGACCAGGCCUGCUCAUAUGCUGAAUCCGAGAUAGGCGACUUUGAUUUCGAUUCUACACAAAAAACGGCUGUCGAUAAAUGGACCGAGAAACUUGCCCCCAUUCGGGUUUCAAAGAACGGCGUCAAUUCCUCUGUUCUCACUAACUUCUACAGUGGCAUCUAUCGAACUAUGGUGAAUCCUCAGAACUAUACUGGGGAAAACCCUCUGUGGACCAGCUCAGAGCCAUACUUUGAUUCUUUCUACUGUUUAUGGGAUAGUUUCCGUAGUCAGAUCCCAUUUCUCACACUUACGGACCCUAGUGCGGUUGCUGAGAUGGUUCGCUCUCUAAUUGAUACCCAGCGUCAUCUCGGUUGGCUUCCCGACUGUCGGAUGUCACUUUGCAAGGGAUUCACACAGGGAGGCUCAAAUGCCGACAACAUUCUUGCCGAUGCUUAUGUAAAAGGCAUCACUGACGGCAUUGACUGGGAUCAAGGCUAUGCUGCUGUUCAAAAAGAUGCCGAAGAAGAGCCCUUUGACUGGUCGGUCGAAGGCCGUGGUGGACUUCAAAGCUGGAAAAAGCUGAACUAUAUCCCAGUCGAGGACUUUGACUACGUGGGCUUCGGAACUAUGACUCGAAGUAUCUCGCGGACACUCGAGUACUCGUAUAAUGACUAUGCUAUCGCCCAGAUGGCUCGUGGAAUGAACAAAACGGCCGACGCGGAAAAGUACGAAGCAAACUCAGGAGCAUGGAAAAACUUAUUCAAACAGGAUCAAACCUCAUUCCUCAAGAAGGUUAACACCGGAUUUGUGGGAUUCUUUCAGCCCAAAUAUCUGAAUGGGACCUGGGGAUACCAAGAUCCUCUUAAAUGCUCCAACAUCGAUGAUUCUGGGGCAAGUUGCUCGCUCCAGAACAAUGCCCAGGAGACCUUCGAGUCAUCAAUAUGGGAAUACCAAUUCUUCGUACCCCAUGAUAUGGCUGCGCUGAUUACCCUGCUUGGCGGACCCUCAAGCUUUGUCAAGCGUCUCGACUACUUACAUGACCAAAACAUCACAUACAUUGGCAACGAGCCUGCUUUCCUCACAGUUUUCCAAUAUCAUUACGCGGGUCGUCCCGCAAAAUCUACCGCGCGAGUGCGCACUUACAUUCCAGAUUACUUUUCCCCAACACCCACUGGUUUACCUGGCAACGACGACUCCGGGGCUAUGGGAUCCUUUGUCGCAAUGUCGAUGAUGGGCCUGUUCCCCAACCCAGGACAGAGCGUCUAUCUACUCACAGUCCCGUUCUUCGAGUCUGUGAGCAUCAAAUCGCCACUGACCGGCAAAACUGCUACCUUGCGCACUGUUAACUGGGCUGAUUUCAACUCACUGAAUAGCACCGGUGGAUCAGGUUUCAUUCAGUCCGCUACUCUGAAUGGCAAGCCAUAUACGCGCAACUGGGUUGACCAUGACUUUUUCACAGAAGGUCAGGAUUUGGUGCUCACUUUGGGCUCUAAGGAGAGUGAUUGGGGCACGAAGCCGGAAGAUCUACCGCCUUCUUUGUCAAAUUCUUCGGAUGUACAAGCGCAUGGCCUCAGGACUUAUGAUGACCUUGGGGCUUUGAGCACUGACGCAGAGUAUGCUCGGCAGUUUGAAUGA